UAAUAAUGGCUGAAAGCUUAAAAUAGAUCCAGGGAGGAGAGGAGUUCAUUAACAUUGGCACAUAAGCAUUUCAGCCCCUCUGCCUUUCUCACUUUGGAAAUUUCUUUGAUCUGUUUUCACUUCCUUCUAUUUAUCGGGCCAGAAAAUAUAGACCUCUGCUAACAGGUUCACUAUUUCUAACGAUGAACUAAUUUAGACUGGCCAAAACAAUUGUGUGACAGGGACACAGGACUUUAACCGCAGUUCAGAAAAUCCCUGACAUCUGACGUAGGAGGAUUUAUAGGUUUAGUGGAAAUUGCUUUCUCCUGCUCUUCAGAUUACAUACUGUGGAUUGAUUUUUUUUCCCCUUGCAUGAGUAAACAUCCUUCUAAUAAUGAACACACCAAUAAUGUCAUAAGAGAGAAAAAGAACACCCUUUUCCUUUUUCCUAUUUCUUGAGAGAACUGUCUGGAAACCCAAACUGGCUGUCCAGAAUAUGAAAGUUGGCAUCUUCCUUUUGUGGUGGGGAUGGGUUUUGGCCACUGGAAGCAGAGUGCAUUGGCCAGGAAGAGAAGUACACGAGAUGUCUAAGAAAGGCAGUCCAAUUCUGAAACGAAGUCCUGACAUCACCAAAUCUCCACUGACAAAGUCAGAGCAGCUUCUGAGGAUAGAUGACCAUGACUUCAGCAUGAGGCCUGGCUUUGGAGGCCCGGCUAUUCCUGUUGGUGUGGAUGUGCAGGUAGAGAGCUUGGACAGCAUCUCAGAGGUUGACAUGGACUUCACCAUGACCCUCUAUCUGCGGCACUACUGGAAGGACGAGAGGUUGUCUUUCCCCAGCACCAACAACCUCAGCAUGACGUUUGACGGGCGGCUGGUGAAGAAUAUCUGGGUCCCCGACAUGUUUUUCGUGCACUCCAAGCGCUCCUUCAUCCAUGACACCACCACAGACAAUGUCAUGCUACGGGUCCAGCCCGACGGGACAGUGCUCUACAGCCUCAGGGUUACAGUGACUGCCAUAUGCAACAUGGACUUCAGCCGAUUUCCCCUGGACACACAAACGUGCUCGCUGGAGAUUGAAAGCUAUGCCUAUACCGAGGAUGACCUCAUACUGUACUGGAAAAAAGGCAACGACUCCUUAAAGGCAGACGAGCGGAUCUCCCUCUCCCAGUUCCUCAUUCAAGAGUUCCACACCACCACGAGGUUGGCCUUUUACAGCAGCACAGGCUGGUACAACCGUCUGUACAUUAACUUCACGUUGCGUCGCCACAUCUUCUUCUUCUUGCUCCAAACCUAUUUCCCCGCCACCCUGAUGGUCAUGCUGUCCUGGGUGUCCUUCUGGAUCGACCGCAGAGCUGUGCCUGCCAGAGUCCCCUUAGGCAUCACCACGGUGCUGACCAUGUCCACCAUCAUCACGGGCGUGAACGCCUCCAUGCCCCGCGUCUCCUACGUCAAGGCCGUGGACAUCUACCUCUGGGUCAGCUUUGUGUUCGUGUUCCUCUCGGUGCUGGAGUACGCAGCCGUCAACUACCUGACCACGGCGCAGGAGCGGAAGGAACGCAAGCUGCGGACAAAGCUUCCCUGCACCUGUGGGCUCCCUCAUCUUCGAGCCGUCCUGCUGGAUGGUAGCUACAGCGACGGGGAGGUGAACUACUUGGGCAACUACAUGCCAGAUGAUGGAGAGAAGCCAGACAAGAUAAUGGUACAGCCAGCCCUGGCCUCAGAGAGGAAAAGUCAGAAGAGCAACUACGUGAGCAUGAGAAUUGACACCCAUGCCAUUGAUAAAUACUCCAGGAUCUUUUUUCCAGCAGCAUACAUUUUAUUUAACUUAAUAUACUGGUCUAUUUUCUCAUAGACCCAUGUGAUUCUGUAAAUUUCACAUUCUUUGUGGUAUGUAAUACAAAGAUACCUGUAUGAUGAAAAAUAACAUAGUUAUGAUGAAAAAAAAGUUCCUAGUAUCCAGCUGUCCCCAACUUUCAAAAACUACAUUGACAAGACACUUACUAGUUUAAUUUGUACUUAUUACUAUCUUGUAUAUGCGUAAAGCAUUAUACUCAGUGGUUCAGGAAUAUCACACCCUUAGCAACUGAUGAUAGCUCUUACUGGGAUCCCCAUGAAAAGCACACUGCCAGAGUUGUGGGCACACUGUAGUUUUAGAUCCUAGUUGCUGAUUCUCUCAAAUUAUUUCCUAUAUGAGAGCAUCAUUAUAGUCCCUGGAUAUCGGGACUUGGGAAGCACCUAAAUUUUAUUUGCAUGAAACAAACAUGCACUUAAAAAUCCCCAUUUUGGGACUCCCUGGUGGUGCAAGGGGUUAAAACGCAACCCAUGAAGCUGUCUUUAGCCUCUGCAGCAUGAGUUCGAUCCUUGGCUGGCCAGGGAGCUACCCACAUGGCGCAGCAGACCUCUUCUAUCUUGCCCGCUGCUCCCCUCAGCAAUGAGGCAUCUCCCCCCCAUGCCUCUGGCCUGUACCUCAGCUCUUGUAUGCAUCAAUAAAUCUUUAAAAAAAAAAGUUAAAAAAAAUAAAAAUCCCCAUUUUGAUCAAAAUUCAUGCUUCAGUUUAUAUCCUAUUGCCUGUUUUUUAUGCAUUUCCUCAUCUUUAUUUUAAUAAAA